AUGCGCUCCCAAUCGCUUCUCGUCGCCGCCCUGGCUGCUUCCGUCUCUGCCCACGGCACGCUGUUGUCCGUCGAGGGCGCCAAUGGCGUCACCAUGCCCGGUCUCACCAUCGCUGAUGGAACUCCCCGCGACUGCACUUCCAACGGCUGCGGCUCUCAGGCCGACACUGCCAUCAUCCGUGACCGCGAGAUCGCCUCCGGCGAGGUCGGCCCUCUCGGCCGCACUCAGGGCAAUGGCCCCGUUGACGCCUCGGUCAUGAUCAACAACUUCAUGGGUGGAUCUGCCGCCCCCAAGAACAGCGGCAAGUCCGCAGCCACCGGCGUCGAGGACGACAUCCCCAACAUGAAGCGUGCCGAGCUCCACGUCCGCCAGGGCCUCGCCGGUCUCCUCGGAGGCGGUGGCAAGAACAAGGGCAAACAACAGAGCGGCCCCCCCGAGGCCCGCGUUGCCGCUACCGCCGGUAUGGGCGCCUCCCAGGGUAUGCCCACCUGCGCCGACGACGGCACCAUCACCAUGACCUUCCGCCAGAUCAACCAGGACGGCGCCGGCCCCCUGACCGCUGACGUCGACGGCACCUCGGGCGGCACCAAGGAGGAGGCCAUGCAGAGCGCCAAGGUCACCACCGACGUCCCGGGCCUCGGCAUUCAGGGCCUUUCCCUCGCCACCAACACCGAGUUCCCUGUCAAGGUCCAGAUGCCCGCCGGCAUGACCUGUGACGCCACAGUCGGCAUGGCCACCAACGUUUGCGUCGUCCGCGUCCGCAACGGCGCCGCUGCCGGCCCCUUUGGCGGCUCUGCUGCCUUCACCCAGACCGCCGCUGGCCGCAAGCGCGCCAUCGCCUACCGCCUCAAGAAGCGCAUGGAGCUCAACAACCGCGCAUAA